UCAUUUUCCAAGAACUUUUGUAACCACAGCGUAGGAGUACAGAACUAAUAACCAUUUUCAAAAUUAUUUGAAAACAAAUAUGGUGUAUUUGCACAUUGCCUCUAAUUUAAUCAUAUAUGUAACUUUCAUCAGUGUCUCCUGUCAUCAUUAGACCUUAAGAAGAGCUCUAUAUAUAAAUUAAGAAAUUAUAAAGCAAAAAAUUAGUCAGGUCUACCUGGGAAGAGACACAUCUUCAGUUAGUCUUGAUUUGAUAAAUUGUGCAAUUCAUGAUGACACAUUUAUGUGUGUUAGAGAGGCUUGUGAGGGGAAGUCAUUUCCGAGUCGCUUAUGGCAUUUAUUAUCUAAAAACCAUGAAUUGAAUAAAUACAUACAUUGGAGUGAAGAUGGAAACAGCAUUAUAAUACCGUGCGAGGUGUAUUUUUAUGAAAAAGUUUUGCAUAGAGCAAAUCAUAAAAUUUUUAAAACUACAAGUAUGAACUUGUUUUUGAGACAAUUAAACCUAUAUGGAUUUAAAAAAAUCAAAAUGGGAAAUGAUGCUUUGUUCUUUGAUCAGGAGAAAAAUUCAUGGCCUGAAAUGGUUUUUCAACAUCCAGAUUUUAAAAGAGGACAGCCUAUGCUCUUAGAUCGCAUUAAAAGAAGAUGCAACGUAAAAAAAAAUCGAGGGAAGAAACUGUUUCAACACACAGACGUCAAUCCAUCCUCUUUAUAUUUAGCAAGUAAAUCUAGUCAGUUAAAAAAUUUCAUCGUGAGAUGUGUCCCUCAUGAAGAUCAAUAUCAAAAUACCGACUUUCAUAAUCAAAUAAUCAAUGCUGAGCCAGCUAAAAAAAAAAACAUGUGUACUAUUAAUGAGCUGUUUGAAGGACAGUCAUUUCCCUACCGGCUUUUUUAUCUUGUCAGUGACAACCAUCGUUUUGAGAAUGUAAUAAAUUGGAGCUAUGAUGGGAGUUGCAUUGAAAUUCCUUCUCAAUUAAGUUUUUUGAAUAAAGUGUUGCUGAGAAGAAAUCAAAAGAUUUUCAAAACAGAAUCUAUGAAAUCUUUUGUUCGGCAAUUAAAUUUAUAUGGAUUUCGAAAGGUACAAGUCGAUAAACAAAACUAUGUGCCAGAAAGACAUUUAUGGCCAGAGGCUGUGUUUUCACAUCCUUUCUUUCAAAAAGGAAGAACUGAUUUGCUAGACCACGUUAAAAGGCGUGUACAGGUGAAGUUGAAAUAUACGUCUCCUCGUGUUUAUCCAAAUUAUAUGUUUUAUCCAAAUAUUAUGGAUAGUUACAGUGAUGUUUUAAAUACUGGGCAGGAGCCACUACUUUCCUUUCCGCAAUAUUUUUUAGGAGACACUCAUAUUGAGCGUACUCCUUAUGAAGUUGAUCCUUCGUAUGUGUGUGAUCCUCCCUAUGAUACUAUAGAUGCUAACAGUGCAGUAGCUUUACAAUUUGUUUUGGAAUCAUUUUGUGAAGAAAUGUUUGAAGCUUGUGAAAGCAAUAACUGUCACGAAUAAAAAGAAAAAAAGUUUAUUUAUAAAAAAUAAAUUUGUUUACUACUAGUUUUCAGUCUACCAACUCUGAUAAAAAACAGACGUCACCGUUCAUGUUUUUUAUUACAAAGAUUUUAUAAUUAACUAAAAUAUUUCUAUCAUAUUAUGAGAUAAUAUUUUUACUGUAUAGCUUUUUUUUCCAAUUAUAC